AUGACCGGUCAGAGCGAAAUAGUCUGAAAGACGACAACUAGGAACAAUUGAGUAAGGCGUAGUUUUCGUAUCGCGUUCUUGUAACCAACAUAGGCCAAACAAUGUGUUAUCUCACCCCAUACUUUGUGAGAUACUUCUACAUCAACACGGUUCUUCACUUGGUCGCAGUUUCUUAUCAUAAAUACCUAGCGAUCGUCAAGUCGCCUUUGACGUACGAUGGCACCAUUACAAAAACCAGAGUGGCGUUUAUAGCUCUCAUCUGGAUAAUCCCGGUGAUUCCAAUUUCUAUCGGUCCGUUCUUCCUAGGUUGGGGAAAGUACACUUACCACCCAGAGUUGAUCAUCUGCGAGCAGGGAUGGGCUCUCGACCUGCAGGGCAGUAAAAUCAAGAUUUAUGAAAGCAUGAUCGUUGCACCUAUCGCGUUUAUUAUAAUGCCAUUCCUGGUCAUUUUGUUCCUAAACGUGUCUGUAUACAAGGCAGCGAGUCGGCAGAUAAACGCCAUGGUAGUCCAAGUUGGUGGCCCUGUUGAUGCUGAAAUCACUCAACAGCAAGAAAUGUUAUCGAGAAGACUAAGAGAUCGCAAGGCCGCUGUCGAUGUCACUAUUAUCAUUGCUGCGUUUUUGGUGUGCUUUAUUCCUUUCUGGGUUACAGGUAUUUGUCGCCUGUUCGUCCCAGGAAUCGAUGUUCCAGCCGAGGUCGAUCUUGCCACAACGUGUAUUUUCUUCCUCAGCACAAUAUGCAACCCGAUUAUCUAUUCCAUCCGUAAAAGAGAAUUCCGUAGUGCGGUGAAAAAAAUGUUCCGACAGAUUGGACUUUGUCAAGAUUCUAACGAGAACGACAUCGUUUAA